AGGCGGGGACCGCACUCAACUCUCACAUAGUGACACCAUCAAACAAUCAAAAACUGUACUCUAAGCCAUUUCAUAUUCUCCUCUAUAAAUCUCUCCCCUUUUCCUUCUCUCUACUGUUCCAUUCUCAUUUCUAUCUCUGCUAUUCAUUUCCUUCAAUUUUACGUUACAUGGCCGCCGAAGAGUUCCAGGAAUCUGAUAUCAUCUUCUCCGACCAAGAUCACCUCCUCCACCACCAUCACUUCGGAUUCAAACAAAUGGAUCGUGAAAAUACUAGUAAUCGGAAAGGCAACAAAAAGAAGCAGAAGAAAUCGAGUUCUUCCUUGCCUGUGAAUAUCCCCAGCAAUGUGUUCCAGUUCUCGGAUAGUGAUGAGUUUGAGGAAGAAUUCGAAGGAGAAGAUCAAUUGAUUCCGCCGCAUGUUCUAGUUGGGAGGAGAAUUGAAGGGAAAAUGGCGUUCUCCGUUUGCACUGGAAAUGGAAGAACAUUAAAGGGAAGGGAUUUGAGUCAAGUUAGGAAUUCAAUUCUUAGGUUGACUGGAUUUUUAGAAACAUGACAACCCAUUCAUUCGAGUUGAAUCAAUCUCACUUGUGUUUCGUUAGAAGUCUCCAAAAGAUGGAAAAGGAAAAUAAUUUGAUUUCCCCCUUUCCUUUCUUUUAGUCAUUGUAAGCAAAAGAGUUAGAAAAAGAUUAAUUGUUGAUUAAUUGAGCUAUAAUUAAUAUUUUUUUGGUUGCUAA